AUGCCGGGGCAGAUAUUGCUCAACGGGAGACUAAUGGUGUAUCAGAAUCCAGCCACCGGUGCCCAUGUCGCCGAUGUGCCCAUUGCGACGUCCGAAGACGUUGAGGAGGCCGUGGAAGCGGCCCGAAAGGCACAACCUGCCUGGGCAGCCACCCCAGCGUACCUCCGCGCGAGGGUGCUACGCAAAUUCGCAGACUUGAUUUACGAGAACAGAGCCCACCUUCAAGAGCUCGAUUCCGUGUGCAUGGGCAAGCCAGUAACUCAAGUUGCGGAAGAUAUCGAGGAAGGUCGGAACAUUCUCAACUAUUUCUCAGGUCUGGUCGAACUCGCCAGCGGCCAGACGUCUCUAAACGCUCCCGAUCAUCUCAACAUGAUGGUGAGGCAGCCUUUUGGCGUCGUUGCGGCCAUAGUCCCAUGGAAUUUCCCGACCAUGCUCGCAUGCCAUGAAAUUGGUCCAUCGACGGGCGCAGGUAACGCCUUGAUCUUGAAGACUUCGGAAAAGUCACCUCUGAGUGGUAUCUUUCUUGGACAAUUGACAGCGGAAGCCGGCUUUCCUCCAGGAGUGGUCAAUAUCAUCUCAGGCGCAGGAGAAACGGGCUCACUUUUGUCUUCGCAUAUGAAGAUUCGGAAAAUCAGCUUCACCGGCUCAACGCAAGCAGGCCGAGCUGUCAUGCAGGCAGCGGCAAAGUCGAACCUCAAAGAUGUGGCACUCGAGCUCGGUGGUAAAUCGCCGUUGCUGGUCUUCGCAGAUGCCAACCUUGCACAGGCAGCAUCGUCAGCCAUCAAGUCCAUCACGACAAACGCAGGACAGAUCUGUACCGCCUCCUCAAGGCUCUAUGUGGAGAAAUCUAUCGCCAGCGAAUUCAAGAAAACCCUAGCUGCCGGCUUCAAGGCGCUGGUUCAAGGUGACCCAAGCGACCCAAAAACGUUCCUCGGUCCCCAGGCAGAUUCGCGACAAGCACAGAAUAUCCUUCGUUAUUUUGAAAUCGCCAAAAAGGACGGACAAGUUUUGGUGGGAGGAGAAGCUGCCAGCGAGCUGGGCAAGAACUUCAUUCGUCCUACCAUUUUCUCCGACAUUCCCGAUUCCAGCAAAGCCAACGUCGAAGAAAUCUUUGGUCCCGUCUUGGUCUUGCACGAAUUCGAAUCGGAGACGGAAGCGGUGCAACGAGCCAACGACACUGAAUAUGGUCUCUAUGCCUCAGUAUUCACCAAGGACGUGAACAAAGCUAUGAGAGUUGCUCGUGCCCUGGAGGCUGGUAGUGUAGGUGUCAAUACGGCAUCACCCUAUGGCGCCUAUGAAUUGCCCUUUGGAGGGUUCAAAGCCUCGGGCAUCGGUAGGCAAAAAGGAUCGUCUGCAUUAACGGCUUGGACCCAGGAAAAGUCUAUCUUCGUGAACCACAGCGAUGAACAGGAAUAA